UGGGGCCCCUGGGCAAUAGGGGAUCAUGGGGCUCCUGUGUCCUUGCCCAAACUCAAAAAAGCCUAUGAAAAAGGUACCAGGGGCAUCUCAUGGGGCCCCCUACUGACCCCGGACCUCCUCGGGCAGUGCCCGAGUUUCCAAAUGGUCAGUCCGCCCCUGGCCAAAAUGUAUUCUGUUACAUGUCUGCUAAAAAGAAAUCCCAAUACAUGUAAAUUAAUUGGUUUACGUGAAAGUUACAGCGUCUACAAAUGGCGAUAUAUAUACUGCCAAUUUGUUUUAUUUUUUUUUUAUACUUGUAAU